AUGUCGGCAUUAAGGAAACGAGGCGGUAAAAAAACUUCCGCUAAUGCAACGUCAAUUCCUGAAAUUGAUGAUAAAAAAGAUCAAUUUGAUUUUCAUUCAAUUGAAGUAAAAGAAUCUGAAUAUAAAUAUUACAUUGCAUUAAUUACAAUCACAAUUUUAGCAAUUUACACAAGGUUCACAAAAUUGGGUACUCCUGAUAAAGUGGUUUUUGAUGAAGUUCAUUUCGGAAAAUUUGCGUCUUAUUAUUUAGAAGGUACAUAUUUUUUUGAUUUACAUCCCCCAUUUGCAAAAUUGUUAAUUGCAUUUGUUGGUUGGUUAGUUGGUUAUAAUGGUAAAUUUAAAUUUGAAAGUAUUGGAGAAUCAUAUGUCGAUAAUAAUGUUCCAUAUAUUGCUUAUAGAAGUUGGAUUGCCUUACAAGGAGUUUUAGUUGUUCCAGUUAUGUUUUUAACUAUGAAAACUUUGGGAUUUUCAGUUGCUGCUUGUUUGUUUUCAAGUAUUAUUGUUUGUUUUGAUAAUGCUCAAGUGACUGAUUCAAGAUUAAUAUUAUUAGAUGCAACUUUAAUUUUAAGUGUUGCAUUAACAAUCUACAGUUAUGCCAAAUUUUCAACUUAUAGAAGAUAUCCAUUUACUCAAAAAUGGUGGGCAUGGUUAUUAGCUACUGGUGUUUCAUUAUCUUGUGUUAUUUCAACUAAAUAUGUUGGUGUUUUCACCUUUUUAACUAUUGGUAUUGCUGUCAUUCAUGAAUUAUGGAUUUUAUUAGAUUAUAGAAGAGGUUUAACAUUGACUGAAUUUUCAAAACAUUUUUUUGCAAGAUUUUGGGCUUUAAUUAUAGUACCAGCUACAAUUUAUUUAUAUUGGUUUUAUUUACAUUUUAGUAUAUUAACAAAAUCAGGUCCUGGUGAUGCUUUCAUGUCAAGUGAUUUUCAAGAAACUUUAAGUGAAUCUCCAUUAGCUCAAAAUGCAAAACAAGUUCAAUAUUAUGAUUAUAUAACAUUUAAACAUAAAGAUACUGGUGCAUUUUUACAUUCUCAUGAUCAUAAAUAUCCUUUAAGAUAUGAAGAUGGAAGAAUUUCAUCAAAUCAACAACAAGUUACUUGUGUUAAAACUGAUGAUGCUAAACAAGAUCCAAAUAAUCAAUGGGAAAUUAUUCCAACUCAAAAUAUUGAUAAGGCUAAGGAUGUUUAUACAAAUGAUGUUGUUAGAUUAAGACAUGUUGGAACUGGUGGUUAUUUAUUAACUCAUGAUGUCGCAUCACCUUUAAAACCUACAAAUGAAGAAUUUACUGUUGUAUUUGAUGAAAAAGCUGAAAAAAGAUAUAAUGAAACAUUAUUUAGAUUAAGAUUAAAUGUACCAGGUUCAUCACUAAAGAAACAAAAUCAAAGAAAACCAAUAAAGACACUUGGUACUGACCUUAAAAUUCUUCAUAUUGAUACAGUUGUUGCAAUGUGGACUCAUGAUGAUGAGUUAUUACCAGAUUGGGCUUUCAAUCAAUUAGAAGUUAGUGGUAAUAAAAAAGUUCAAGAUAAAGAUAAUUUAUGGACAAUUGAUUCAAUUACCAAUUUAAAACCAUCAGAUCCAAGAACUCAAUAUCAACCAAAAAUAGUUAAAAAAUUACCAUUUUUAAAAAAAUGGUGGGAAUUACAAGGUUUAAUGUUUCAUCAUAAUAAUCAAUUAUCUGCAGAUCAUCCAUUUGCAAGUCAACCAGAUUCAUGGCCAUUAGCAUUGUCAGGAGUAUCAUUUUAUAAUGAUAAUGAUAAUAAAAAACAAAUCUUUUUCGUUGGUAAUGUUAUUGGAUUUUGGUUAGAAGUUUGCUUUUUAUCAAUUUAUGUUGGUUUAUUAUUAGCUGAUCAAAUUACUAGAAGAAGAAAUUAUGAAUUGUUAACUAAGAAAUCAAGAUCAAGAUUAUAUAAUACUUUAGGAUUUUUAUUUAUAGGUUGGUGUGCUCAUUAUUUCCCAUUUUAUUUAAUGAAUCGUCAAAAAUUUUUACAUCAUUAUUUACCAGCUCAUUUAAUUGCUGCUUUGUUUUCAGGUGGGUUAGUUGAAUUUAUUUGUACAAAUAAUUCUUCAUUAUUUAAAAAUUCAAGAUUUUCAUCUCCACAAGCUAGUAAAUUAAAAUUAACAUUAUUAGUAGCUUUUGCAUCAACUGGUAUAAUUUGGUUCUUUUUCUAUUUUAGACCAAUAACAUAUGGUGAUGUUGCAUUAACUCCAGCUGAAGUUCAAGCCAGACAAUGGUUAGAUAUAAAAUUACACUAUGCUAAAUAG